CCACCGUCCCGUCCCCGCGGUAUUUCUUUCCUCUCCUCCAAGACACCACGCCCGCCCCUCCACCAGACUCCCGUCGGCAUUUAUACCUCCGGCGGCACACGCAUCGUACACACACAGAACCGCGGCCAGCCCAUCGACCGCCCGAUCCCCAGAUCAGGAAGCAAAGCUGAAACCCCAGUCGAAUCGGAAACCUAGCGCCAUGUCUGCCACGGCGGGGGACGAGGCGGCGGUGGCGGAGCGCCUGGAGGCGCUGCGGAGGAAGCUGGGCAAGAAGCAGCACUUCGAGGAGGCCGUCGCCGACCUCGCCGCCACGCUCCGCGACCGCUACGCCGGCGCCUCGCCCGCCCUCCGCGAGUCGAUGUACUCUACGGUUUGCCGUGUUGCAACCGUCCUUCAAACUAGAUAUACAGCACCUGGAUUCUGGCGUGCUGGUCUGAACCUCUUUGUAGCAACAGAGAAGCUGUUAACUAAUCCUGCUGAAAAGGAACGCCUCAAAACCUGCAUUUUGAGGGCCCGGGAGCAUCUUGAUGAAAAAGAAAAUGAGGAGUCAAUGCCAACCAACAGAGAACCAGACACUAGAUUCCUUUUUGAAGGCCACCUUACCGUGGGACAAGAACCUCCUCCUCCAGCAUGGCUUGUCGCCCAGAAUUUAACACGAGAAUUGAACAUCUUAGAGGAACCUUCUGGAGAUCAAAACGGGAACAACACUAGAACGGAGUUGAGGCCUGAGGAGAUGACACCUGCUAUAAUGAACUUCUUAAACACCUUAUCAGGGGACGCGGAGCUUGAGAGUGCCUUGGAAGCAUCACUGCAGGGUAUCACUGCGCAGCCCAAGGUACCACCGGCUUCAAAGGAGGUCGUUGCUAAUCUCCCGGUUGUAACUGUUACUGAAGAAGUCAUUGCUAGGCUGGGCAGCGAGACUGAGUGUGCUGUUUGCCGGGAAAACUUGGUUGUGGAUGACAAGAUGCAGGAGCUGCCGUGCAAGCACCUUUUCCAUCCUCCUUGCCUCAAGCCGUGGCUGGAUGAGAACAACUCAUGCCCGAUCUGCCGGCACGAGCUGAGGACGGACGACCAUGCGUACGAGAGCCGGAAGGAGCGGGAGCGAGAGGAGGAGGAAGACCGGAAGGGAGCGGCCAAUGCUGUCAGGGGUGGGGAAUUCAUGUACAUCUGAUAUCUGAAGGGGAAUUACUGUUUCUGUUAGUGAGCAAAUCGUAAUGUGACCAAUCUUCUUAUCUGCUCGGUCGUGAUGCCUGAAAUUAAGCAUGUCUUGUGUUGUUCCCAGAUUCACCGUGUCCCUAGUUUGUCACCAGCUUAUCAAGCACAACAGGAA